UUUCCCUUUUCUCUCUAGAAAUUCACUAGACCAGUAGACCCGCUUUUUAUUUUUCUCGUUAUGGCUCCAAGUUUGAGCAAAAUUUCUCCAGAUUCAUUGGGGCCAAUUGGUUGUGCAAAACUAUCAUCAAUAACUCAUGAAGGUUCCCAAUUUCUUGCCAAUGGCCAUCCUGUUCUCACUCACGUCCCUCCCAACAUUAUUUCCACACCAUCUCCGUUCAUUUCCAAAGACUUGACGACCAACGCUGUAGGCUGCUUUGUCGGCUUCGACUCGGACGAGUCGAGAAGCCGACAUGUUCUGCCCAUUGGGAAGCUCAAGAACACAAGAUUCAUGAGCAUAUUUAGGUUCAAAGUUUGGUGGACAACUCAUUGGGUUGGCAAUAGUGGGAAAGAUGUAGAACAAGAAACACAGUUGAUGAUUCUUGAUAAAUAUGACCAUGGAAGGCCUUAUGUUUUGCUACUUCCACUCAUUGAAGGACCCUUUAGGGCUUCAAUCCAAGCUGGCGCGUACGAUGAUGACGUGGACAUUUGUGUGGAAAGUGGGUCUACAAAAGUCUGCGGUUGUACAUAUAGGAGCUGUAUGUAUAUGCAUGUAGGUUUUGAUCCGUACAAUUUGAUCAAAGAUGCCAGGCAAGCCAUUAGGGUCCACUUGGGUACAUUUAAACUUUUGGAGGAAAAGUGCCCUCCGACUAUAGUGGACAAAUUUGGUUGGUGUACAUGGGAUGCAUUUUACCUUAAGGUACACCCACAGGGGGUGCGGGAUGGGGUCAAGGCCCUAACAGAGGGGGGAUGCCCUCCAGGUUUAGUCCUUAUAGACGAUGGAUGGCAAUCAAUAUCCCAUGACGAUGAUGAUCCCAAUCAAGAAGGCAUGAAUAGAACAUCAGCUGGUGAACAAAUGCCAUGCAGGCUAAUAAAAUUCCAAGAAAAUCACAAAUUUAGAGACUAUAGAAGUCCCAAAAUGCCUUUCAAUAAGGGCAUGGGUGCCUUUGUUAGGGACCUUAAGGAAGAAUUCAAAACCAUAGAGAGUGUUUAUGUAUGGCAUGCAUUAUGUGGAUAUUGGGGUGGGAUUAGGCCUAAUGUCCCAUGUAUGCCAGAAUCUAUGGUUAUUAGUCCUAGGUUGUCUGAGGGUUUGCAGAUGACAAUGGAAGACCUUGCGGUGGACAAAAUUGUCAAAAAUGGAGUUGGACUCGUCCCACCAGAUAAGGUGUACCAGAUGUUUGAAGGAUUGCACUCUCAUUUGGAAUCAGUUGGAAUUGAUGGAGUCAAGGUCGAUGUAAUACAUUUGCUGGAGAUGCUAUCAGAAGAUUUCGGGGGCCGAGUCGAGUUAUCAAAAGAUUAUUAUAAAGCCUUAACAGCUUCAGUGAGGAAACAUUUUAAUGGAAAUGGUGUUAUUGCAAGCAUGGAACACUGCAAUGACUUCAUGUUUCUUGGAACAGAAGCCAUAGCUCUUGGACGUGUUGGGGACGAUUUCUGGUGUACUGAUCCCUCGGGCGAUCCAAACGGGACCUUUUGGCUACAAGGUUGUCAUAUGGUACACUGUGCCUAUAAUAGCUUAUGGAUGGGAAACUUCAUACAACCAGAUUGGGACAUGUUUCAGUCUACUCAUCCAUGUGCGGAAUUUCAUGCUGCCUCAAGAGCCGUUUCUGGAGGGCCAAUUUAUGUAAGUGACUCAGUUGGAAAACAUAAUUUUCAAUUGCUUAAGAGCCUGGUUUUGCCUGAUGGAUCCAUAUUGAGAUGCCAACAUUAUGCUCUCCCAACAAGAGAUUGCCUGUUUGAAGAUCCAAUGCAUGAUGGCAAAACUAUGCUCAAAAUCUGGAACCUCAACAAGUUCACAGGAGUUCUUGGAGCAUUCAACUGCCAAGGAGGUGGAUGGUGCCCUGUGUCCAGGAGAAACAAAAGUACGAGUGAAUUUUCAAUCAACUUGACUUGUUUGGUAAGUCCAAAAGAAAUUGAAUGGGGACAUGGUAGAAAUCCAAUUUCCUUAAAAGGAAUAGAAAUAUUUGCUGUUUACAAGUACAAGGAGGGAAAACUUAGGCUCUUGAAGACUUCAGAAUACCUCGAAAUAGCCCUUGAUCCGUUCGACUAUGAGCUUUUCGUGGUUUCUCCAGUGAAAGUUUUAUCAAGAAAAUUGGUGCAAUAUGCCCCUAUUGGAUUAGUCAACAUGCUUAAUUCCGGGGGCGCGAUUCAGUCACUUGGGUGUGAUCAUGUCGAAGGUAUAGUUCGAGUUGGUGUUAAGGGCAGUGGAGAAAUGAAGAUUUUUGCAUCUGAGAAACCUCGAUCAUGCACCAUUAAUAGAUUAACCGUUGAUUUUAGUUACAACGAUCAUGUGGUUGUGGUUCAAGUUCCAUGGCCUGAUUCAUCAGAUUUAUCAGUAAUCGAGUAUGUAUUCUGAAGUUCAAUAGGAACUCAGUCCCAUGUUCAAGAUUCUUAUCUUGAAAAUCUUGAUAUAGGCUAAGAAAUGUGAAUAAUCAAAUGGACGCGAAAGAGCUUCCAAUAAUUAAUAAUUAUGUACUCUCGUUACAACAAAAUCAACUAAAUAUAGAAAAGAAAAAGAAAAAAAGGUACUCUAUCUAGAAAUUCAUGCAGCUGGAGCGUAAUCGUAAUCAGCAUCAUCAUUGUCAUCAUCUUCCUCUAAAGAAACUAUAGGAUCACAGUCGUAAUCUCGACUAUCAAUGCUGCUGCGACCAUCAGCGGAACCGUCGCUGCCACCACCGCGAAGCCUCUAGUAGAUUGAGCAGCCAAUGGUGGUACGCUUGGAAUUGAGGGACAUUUUUCUUGAUGGUGGUGAAUUGGCUGGAUGGAGAUUGUGGGGUUGGCAUAGGGCAGGCACGUGGUGAAUGUGGUGUUUAUGUGCCAGAAUCGAAGCAGAUCACACUUGGCGCCACCAUAGUCCGCCUUGGACCACCCUCUAGAAGACUGGUCAUCUUAUACAAUUGGAAUUGCAAGUGGAAAAUCCAAAUAUUAUGUGAAAAAAAUCACUAAUUGGGUAGAUGUCUGGGCUGUGUGUGUAUAAUGUGUGGAUGGUGGGGUUUGGGGUAAUACUUAUGUGCGUUUUGGAACAAAAAUCUCAAAAAAUUAGCACAUGAUGCGAUUUUAUGGACCUGUAGAGCACUGGUGCUAUUAUU